AUGGCCUACCAGCAGCCACAUGCACAGUGGGAUCCCACUGGCAAUGGCUCGCACAUGGACCCUACCACCGACGACUUCCCACCACCGCCUCCAGCGCAUCGUCUGCCCGUGAACAUGCAAAGCCAACGCCAGCACCCAGACCCAAACAACUAUUCUGACUACUCCACCCCCGGUCUCCCACCUGUCUCAGACCAUGCAGCCGACGGCAUCGCCAGUCCAGACCGUCGACCCAUAGGCGUACCAGAGCGCAGCCAAAACUCGACGCCUUUCAGUGACCACAAUGCCUACGACCAGCCCAUGUUGCCACGAACACUGCACUCGCAGCAGUCUAACGGAUCAGGCGCACCGCUCGCAGCAGGUACCGCGGGCUUGUACUCGAGUAGCAGCUCCAUGCACAGCAUGCCAGUAUCGCCGCCGCACCGCAUACCCUACUCCGACACGCCCUACACGCGCUACUCGUCGUCUGCACAGAACCUCGCCCCGCAAAUGGGCAUGAUCAACCCCAACGACGUAGCCGAUGACGACGACUGGGGCAUGGGCCCUGAACCGCUUCACUCGACAUCGAACAAACGCCGCUCCUUUGCACCCUUUGCUGCCCCGAGAGGGGCUUCGCGAGGAACUUCGCAAGACGGCAGCAGUGGAUCCCCAGGCUCGUCGAUCAACAGCGGCGUCGUGGGCGCAGGCGCAGCGGGAGCGGCUGCUGGCACGGCUGCCUACGCGGCAACGAGAGAUGGCAAUGCCAAGUACGACGUUGUGCCCAUGGUCAAUGGAAGCCAAGAACUCAUGGCGGAGAAGUCGAGUUGGAAAGUAGAAGAUGACAAGAGAAAACGCAAGAAGCGAAUGUGGAUCGCCAUUGCCAUCAUCACCGUCAUUCUGCUGGCCGCCAUUCUCGGUGGUGUGCUGGGUGCGAUGCUCAAGAACAAUGGCGGUGGUCACAGCGAUCGCAACUCAAGUGGUGUAUCGGCUGGAGACAUUGUCAAGGACAACAAGGACGAUCUCGGCAAGAACUCUGCCGAGAUCCAGGCGCUGAUGAACAACCCAGACCUGCACAAGGUCUUCCCUGGCAUGGACUACACACCACUCAACGUACAGUACCCCGAUUGCCUCAAGGUUGGGCCGUCGCAAAACAACAUUACGCGAGACAUGGCCGUCAUGUCGCAACUAACCAACGCCGUCCGCCUGUACGGAACCGACUGCAACCAGACGCAGAUGGUCAUUCACGCCAUCGAUCGGCUGGAGAUCAAGGACACGAUGAAGAUCUGGCUGGGCGUUUGGCUCGACAGCAACGACACCACCACAGAGCGACAAAUUUCCCAGACCUGGACCAUUCUCGAUGACUAUGGCUGCGACUACUUCAAGGGCAUCAUCAUCGGUAAUGAGGUGCUCUACCGCAAGGAUCUUACCCCGACCGAGCUCAUCGGCCACAUUACCGAUUUCCGCCAAAACAUUACAGACCACAAAUGCAAGCUUCCCGUCGCCAUGGCCGAUCUCGGUGACAACUGGACGGCCGACAUGGCCACCAAGGUCGACUACGUCAUGUCCAACGUACAUCCCUUUUUCGCGGGUGUCGAUGUGAGCCAAGCAGCGGGCUGGACUUGGAGUUUCUGGCAAAACAACGAUGUCGCUCUCACAGCAAGCAACCAAAACAUCAAGCAGGUCAUUGCCGAAGUUGGCUGGCCGUCUGAAGGGGGAACCAACUGUGGUGGUGCCGAGACGUGUACUGGGGGCUCUGUCGCCGGAAUCGAUGAGAUGAACCGAUUUAUGGAGGACUGGAUCUGUCCUAGCAUGAAGAACGAGACCGAGUACUUUUGGUAA